GAUUGUGAUAAUUGGUUGCCUUUUCUUUAGUUUAAAAUUAGGGUGUCUUAACUUCAAAAAAAAAUGGUGUUUGAUGCACUUUGGACGGUGGCUAAUGCAACGGAUGGCCGCAAUUUUUGUUUGUCCAAAUGGCAGUGGCAGACAGUAGCAGUCAGGUGGCUACCGUACAAAAACUUCGCCCACCCCUCUCGCCAUCAGGGGCGCCCAAUCUGCUGUGCUUCCUCGUCCUCCACCGCCCGCCGCCAUGUAUAACCUUCACCUGCAGCACCAGGCGGUCACUCUACACCCAAGCCGCCUACAAGCCCGCGUCACCGCGCCACACAGACAAGCAAAGCUGCCGCGCCGCCGCCGCUUCGCGCCACCACUCCUACUCCACGCGGAGAGCAGCAGAUUCGCCUGCGUGCCCCGCGCGUCGGCCACCGGAAGCCCACGCCCCGACCCGGGCGAGGGCGAGCCCGGACGGAAUGGUGGGUUCUGGACCAAGUGGAUGGUGGGGAGCGCGGAGGCGAGGGCCAGGGUGGCCAAGCUCGGCCUGGCCGCCGUGCUGGCCUACGGGCUGUUCGACGCCGUCACCUACACCACCUUCUUCGUGCUCGCCUUCCUCGGCUACGAGAAGAGCACCGGCAAGAACCCUGCGGCCAAUCUCAAGGCUCUGCUCGGGAUUGUUAUCCUAAUGUGGACUGGUAACAACGUUACAAGGCCAUUCCGAGUCGCUGGUGCAACUGCUUUGGCCCCGGUGAUUGACAAGGGCUUGAAGGGUGUCCAGGAGAAACUUAACCUUCCAACCCAGAUGUAUGCCUUUGCACUUGUGAUUGGAUCUGUGGCCACGCAGGAACACCUGGAAUAGGUGUUGGAGUGGGAAAACUGAGGCCUGGUGCGGCAAAUCCUGAUGACAGAAGAAGCGAAAGUACGAAGAUAAGAAUGGAAACUUUGCUCGGUAAAUCCUGAUGAUAGAAAGUGACGAAGUGCAAGGUUCAUACCACCACCGUUGGCAAGUUCCAGACCUGUGCUUUUCUUUCCCUGUUUUCCGAGUCUAUAUUUCUAUGCACAUCAGUAUCAAUGUCACAAUCUGUUAGUACAAUGGAGCACAAGUGUCUAGCAAUGCUAAAGCGGUGAAGAAAUAGAGCUCAAACCUGAAGAUGGCUUUUCAGAUGGUACAGAGUGAGGCCUUUCAUGCCCAUCAAUCUGAGCACCGACUUUGGCGUUGCUUCUGUUCCGGUCAGCACAAGAAAUGGUUACUCAAGAAUACAGAUAUGCUCAAGGAAACAAAAUUCAGAUGAGCAUGAGAUUGAUUAGCUACAGAGUGUCAGUUCAGAGAAGGAAAGAUGAAUUGCGCUUGAUCUAUUUUCUAGCAUGACAGAUGACGUGACUACCACUGUUUUUUUUUAUUGAAGAAAAACUACCACUGUUUCGAAAGGAAAUUCUUGACAAUGUUCUCGUCAACUGUCUUCAUUGCGCCUAUGCCAAUUGAAUUAUACAUGUGCCUUUUAGGCUGUUUGACUAUGCUGUAUUGAACUUGCACAAGGCUCUAUGGUCAACUACUCAA